CGGGCCAGCGCGCGUCUCAAAAGUGCAUUUAGGCGCCUGCUGUAGCUCCUUGUUCAGCCAGCGGUAUUAUUGUGAAAUUCGAGUUAAAAAUGGCGGCCAAUGUGAAAAUUAUAAAUGAAGCCAAGAAGAUUUUACGGCCUCUGCGUGAUGAUGUUGAUAACUUUGUCCUGUUUGAAAACGAAGUUGAGGAAAACCUAAUGAGAUUAUUGGAGAAGCAUCGAAAUAAUCAGAAUUCGAUCGAAAGAAUGCGAAAUUCGGUCAUCGAUGUUGGGUCGAUCAUUGCAGGGGAAAUGACCAUCUUGCUGAAAAAGUUGCAUAGGCGACUAAGUUCGCGGAAUAAAGCCCAUAAUCCUUGGACUGUCCUAGUUACAAGGGAUUUGCCAGUGCAAAUAUUCGCUUUUCUUCUGCACACGGUAAAGAAGGCAAGGUCCACUUACGGUGUCACCCAUUCGGAAAGCAGAUUCCUGGAUAUCAUUAUUUACACCGAAGAGAAUCGACUGGUUAGAGAUAUAUCUCGACUUUGCGACGUCAACCGAGAAGCAAUCCUGGAAUAUUUUUCAAAGACAUUUCAGGGUCCCAGGAUAGGAAAGGCAAGGGUGGUUGUAAGUGCUCAAAAGCCAUUUACCUUGUCUUACUCGAGGAAAGGGUCAU